UUUACCGGUUGUCAGGUUGUCACACUUGCCGAGGUUGGAACCGAGUUUACUUGAGUUUGUUAAAUUUUUAUGAUUUUUGAAUUAAAAAUGACAUAAUUAUGUAAUGACCCGGUGGACCUUAUUUGUUUAUACAGUAUGUUGUUCCUAGAGUCUUUGAUACAUACAUGAGUUCGUAGGAAAGAUGAGUAGUGAUGUUAAGAAAUCAUCGGACAUUGAAUCUGUUGCUGUGGAUAAUAUGGGUGGAAAUAUUGUAGCUGUUCCAGGCUCAACUUUGGGAAAUUCAAUAGAGAAAAGAACCCUUCCAUUGUUAUAUGUACAGUCUUCUAUAAACAAACCUAAUAUCGGUGACAGCGGUAAUGAAUCUGUGAUACCAAUUAAUGUACCUAAAUUUGGAGCUCCUAUUGCUGUUUCCUCUGUUCCAAAUGGAGUUGCUGCUGGAGCUAAGCUUGUUCAGGUCCAAACACCUAGUCAAAACAUUGCUUAUGUUGGAACUUUGUUCAAGCAAUCUAAAGGAAAGGACAUGGUGCCACAAAAAGUUCUUUUAACUCCUGUAAAAGGAAAAGAGGUGUCAAUGGCUCGACUAAUUCUACCUCGCCCAUCAACACCAUCACCACAAGGAAUCAUUCCAGGAAAAAAAAUUUGUAGGUCUUUUGUAGUCAGUCCAGUAACUCAAUCAUCGCUUAUCAAAUCUAAUGAUUCAACCACAGGCAAGCUUGUUCAACCAAAUAUUAUCAGGCCCAGAGGAGUUGAAGCUAAAAUAUUAACAAAUGCUGUUAUCAAGCCAGCAACUGUUACAAAAGCAUCGGUCCCACCUGGAUUGACUCUUGUAAAGAGUUCUCAGGUACAAACUCAAUGUCACGCCGUAGCCGGGGCUGGAGAUAAGGCUCAGAUGAAAGUAAUAUUGGUUGAUAUGAAAGAAGACGUUAGUGAAAAGUGUGAUGUAAAAAUAAAUGAAGCAACUAAAGCUAACAAAGCUAGCACGACUGAUGAUAAUUCAAAAAAUGAGAAUUCAAGUACUUCCAAUGAUGUAGUUACCAUAGAAGAUGAUAAUGAAAAAACUGAGAAGCCGUUGAUGAAAUCUACUGAAAGUGAAACAGAAGUUGCUAAAUCAGUUGCCACAAGCUCUGAAAAUGAGAAAACAGUCAGCGACAACACAGUAACCAAAACCACAACACAGUGGGAUGAAAAGGAAAGCAAUUCACCAUUUCAAAGUACCGGAGACAGAGCUCGUAAGAGGAAAGGUUCUCUCAUUUCUUCCACUGCUGGUACGCCCAAAAAAGUUUUCAUCGGAGAUCCUUAUGAAAACUUAAAAUUAUUUCCGGGAGGCGAAGAAUAUGAUCCAUUUAAGAUCAUAGAUUGGGAUAGUCAAGGGCUUGGAAAUUUACCUGAUAGUUCAAUCAAAAUAGUCAAAAAUGAAUUUGAUAUGGUGGAGCUUCUUGAUGGCAGUGAUCCAACAGAUAAGAAGAAAUCUGAUGAAAUAUAUUGUUGCCUUUCGUGUGGUUGUUAUGGCUUAAUAACAGAGUUUUACAAUGAAAAUUAUUGCAGCAUGGGCUGCAGGGAUGACCUGAUUGCUGUUCAGCAUUCGAUAUUUAGUAAAAAAGAUUCUGACGUGGAAAUGUCGGAUUCGAAUGAUAAAAAGAGUUCUAAUGAUAAUGUGGGAGUUAAAACGACUGUGACUGCUAACGACUCAAGAAGUUCUGACAGAAAGAUGUCGAUUGAUGAUGAACUUCCUUCAUCAAAAUCAACUGAAGCUGAUAUAAUAGACCUCAUUGAUGCAAGUUCUCCUGAUUCCGAAUCAUCUAUUAAAAAAAAUAUAAACGAUGAUGUUAGACUUACAAAAAUUAAGAAAAUAAUGACAAAAGGUUGUAAAAUUGGUCGUAAGUCAGAUUUGGUUAAACCUGCUAGUCAACAUUCGCCAGAGAAAUCAGAAAAACAGACUAAAAUAAAAUUGAGGCCGAGAGUUAGUGGAAAAAUGAAUAAAUCUUCAUCAACUGAAGAUAUCAUUGCACAAGAUUUAGAUUUGGGAUCAUCUAACAAUGAUAAUGAUAGCCCAAAAAAGAAGUCUCGCUUCCGAUGGAAUGCUUAUUUGAGUGAAACAAAAUCUUCAGGUGCGUGGGUGAAAUUAUUCAACAAUCCAUUCCCGUCUCGACCUAACAGGUUCAAGGUUGGGCAAAGACUUGAAGCGAUCGAUCCUGAACACCAGUCCAACGUCUGCUUAGUCUCCGUUGCUGAAGUCAAAGGGUAUCGUUUGAAAUUACACUUCGAUGGUUAUCCAAAAGACUAUGAUUUUUGGGUGAAUGCAGAUAAUCCAAAUUUAUUUCCUUCUGAAUUCUGCAAUAAACAUAAGAUUCCUUUGCGGCUUCCGCCUGGCCUCAGUUCUAAACAUUUUGAUUGGGAUGCUUACUUAUCCCGAAAUAAUGCAAAAGCUGCGCCUCAGUCUUGCUUUGAGAAUAAUUCUUCUAAUUUGGAUCAAGUUAAUCUUUUCAAAGUUGAUAUGAAGCUGGAAGCAGUUGAUCGUAAAAACACUUUCCUUGUUUGCGUGUCCACUGUUGCUGCCGUUAUGGAAAAUCGUAUACUUGUGCACUUUGAUUCUUGGGACGAUAUGUACGACUACUGGGUGGAUAUAUCCAGUCCAUACAUCCGUCCUGUUGGUUGGUGCAAAAAUGCAAACCAUGAACUUACACCUCCAAAUGGGAUAAAGCUUGAAGAUUUCAGUUGGAAGAAGUAUUUGAAGGAAACUAGGUCUGUUGCGGCUCCUGAAAAAGCUUUUGUUUUGAGGCCCCCUAUCGAAUUUAAAAAGGGACUAAAGAUAGAAGCUGUAGAUAAAAGAGCGCCUCAUUUAAUACGUGUCGCUACUAUUGCCGAAGUACUUCCAUAUCAGGUGAAAAUUACAUUUGACGGUUUCCCAGCACACUUCGGCUAUUGGGUCGAUGAUGAUUGUUCUGAUAUACAUCCAGUUGGUUGGUCUUCAAGAGCUGGACACCCUCUGGAGCCGCCGCCAGCUGCAGAUGACUUCCUCAAUUCAAGUUGCCCAACUCCGGGUUGUAUUGGACAAGGAUAUUUCCACGGAACAAAGAAAGAAUUUCACAAGCUGGCGAAAAACUGUCCUUAUACAACUGAAAAUUUAGUAAAAGAUUCUGCGCUUUCAGACAGGCUCAAAUGGAGUACCAAGACGAUGAGAAGGAAUUCUGAUGAAGUUAUAAAUUUGUCAGAUGAUUCAGCUGAGGAAAGUGAUGAUGAACCUGCAGAAAUGCAAUGGGCGUGGAUGAAGAUGAGACAAGGCCUUAAGAACGGCGUUACUAGAGAGAAAGGGGCCGACUACGUUGAAGAGGUGAAAGGAGACGAUGAAGUUAGUCAUUCAGAUGAUGAUGAGAUGGCAGAGAGGAAAGAAAGUACUUCUCAACUUUCAAAAGACUCCUCGGUCAAAGAUGAAUCGGUCAAAACUGAUGAAGGCCUAGUGAAAAAAGAAAGAAGUCCGUCUAUUGAAAAAAAUUCAAAUGAUGGAGAUUCUUCUAAGAAUAGUAUAAGCAGCGAAGAAGUGAGUUUGGAAAACAGUAUUAAAGUAAAGGAAGAAAAAUGUGAAAAUGAAAUACCUAGUGUCAAACAUACAGAAGAGCAAAAAUCAAUUAGUCCUUUGAAGACUAAUUCCGAAAAUAUAAACAAUAUUAGCUGUAAUAAUGUUAAUAAAGACAAUUGCAGUAAAGUUAGUCCAACGAAAGAAAAAGACAAUUGCAAUAAAGUUAGCCCAACAAAAGAAGAAGACUGCAUAGACGAAGUGAAUCCUUUGUAUUGGACCAUUCACCAGGUCUCCAAGUUCACCAAACCUCUUAUAUCUUGCUCCAAGGACUGCUUCUUGGAAGAAGAAAUUGACGGCCAAGGACUGCUAAUGCUUAGCAAAAGUGACCUGCUUGAUUAUCUAGGCCUUUCUGAUUCUGACGCGGAGAGAGUUUACCGUAAUAUUACACAGCUGAGGCAGAGAGCUGUGGUGUGAUCACUUUUAUUUGUAAAUAUAAUGUAAAUAGGUAAAUUAAGAAAGACUAUUAUAUAUAAAUGGAGUCGAAAUUUGAAUCUUCAUCUCUAUUUUAAUCAAAUAAAUUUGUUAAUAAUUUUCUGAAAGUUAUGAUCUCAUAUUGUGAUUUAAUUUUGUAUAAUUUAUGUAGAUUAGCUUGUACAUAUUUUACAAGAUUAUUUAUUACUUUGAGUGUAUAUUGUUUUGUAUAAACUUACCAUAUGUAAAAAUUGGGCUUGGAACAAAUAUCUAAUUGAAAAUUAGAUAAUAUUUCUGUUAAAGAUAUAAUCAUAAUUGAAAAAUAAAAUUUAUUUGUAUGAAAAAUGUAGGUUUGAAUAUGAUAGGUUUACAGGUGUGAUAUGAUAUGAUAAGUUAUAUUUGUGUGAAUGUAUGUUUUCCUUUUAAAAAAUAACUAUACAAAUUUAAGUCUGAUUUUGUAAAUAUUUUGUGUAAAAAUCAUAGUUGAGUAGAGUACUUAUUUGAUCAGAUUAUCUUUAUUGUGUUCAUUAAGUUUUAUUAAUGUUAACAUUUUCUAUAAUUUUUAAGCAAUUGUGUACCUGUCAAAGAUGACAUCAAAUUUAUUAUUAUUUUAUUUAUGCUACUGUUUUUGCGUCUAUAUUUUAAAAAGUGGCAUAUUGCAACUGCCUCCUCUAUCUAGAAGUAUUAUAAUUGUGUUUAAAAUUCAAAUAACUUUGGAUGAUAACUUUAGACCUAAUAAGUGUUUUAAGUUGUCACUGUGUGAUGGUUUAUUAUCGUUGUUAACCUAAAAUAAAAGAAUAAAUUCUUGUGAAUAUUUUCCAGUUUCUUAGUUUUAUACUACUGAGUUGUCAUUUAUUUUAACAGUAAGUGUUGGAUGAUUUGGAAGGCAGUUAAUGUUUUUUAAGGUAUACCUUUCAGAUUCUUGUUACAGCUUUUACCAUCUUGAUCUGAUAUAAUGUAUUAGUUAUAUUCAAGAUUUUGUGGUAAGUUUCUUUUUUAUAAUUUAUUGAGAUCUAUUUAAAGCACCAAUUAUCGGAAAAAAAAGAAUAAAAAUUGUUGUUCCCUGCUUCACCUUUAUAAGGGAUUUUUCCACGUCAGGGGAUUAAAUGUCAUAAUUAAAAGGGUCCCACCACCAGGACUCGAACUCAAUUGAUCAGAUUGCCUUGCAACACGUGUUUUGCUCUCACAUUGUAGUCCACUUGGCCACUCCUACCAAUUUUUGAAAAUUAUGAAUCAAACAAUAGGCUUGGAAUAAAAAAAAUUAAUAGAGAAGUAAACAAAUUUUUUUUCUUACGCCUGUUGACUUCGACUUUUUAAGUUAUGAGACAGUAGUGAUCGUUUGGUUCUCUCUUUUUCAAGAUAUCCAGGGGCAAGGGAUUUACUAUCUGGAUGCGAUCACAUUUCACUCCCUCUUCAGGAACUCUCCUGAAGGAUGGUUGGCAAUCUUUUGCUUCAAUCAGAAUUCUAUCCAGUUUUUUUUUUUUUUUUUUUAUGGCAUAGGGGAUUAUCAGCCCUAUGGCCAACCCCCCAACCUGCAGGACCAGGAGGUAUGGUGUAAGGACGCAGGGCUCGCUCACCUCCCUAUGACACAGUGCGGACGUUACCUUCUCCAGGCGGGAAUCGAACCCGUGUCAUAGUGGACAAUGUAAUCGAGUAGGACUUGCACUUAUUAAUUUAAAUUUAUUAUUAAUUAUUUUUUUGGCUGUGAUUUCAAAUCCUACUUAAGUUAUUAAAAAUAAAAUUUCAUAAUGACAUCAUUUUCCCUUAAUGUCCGAAAAUGAAACAACAUUUAACACAAGUCACCCCAGGAUGAUCGUUGUAAUUGGCAAUAUUAUGCACAUUCAUUUCAAAAUUGGAGCCAAUUAGAUGUGUCAUAUGAUGUAUAAAAAUUAUGAGUGAUUACGAUAAUAUACUUGACUACUUGUUUGAAAAUAGCUUAGUAUUUAUAAAAACAUAUUAAGUGUUAUAAGAAAUCAUAAUGUUUAAAAAUACUCUUCUGUCUAAAUAUAAUGGCUUAAUGAGUGUUAUAAAUUGACCCUGAACAGAUUCCUGUAAUCAGAC